AUGGCUCGUCCAUCCUCUUCCAACCACAGUCAAUGGCGAAGUGAGCCUACUGGCGCUCUCGCUCCCAGCACCGGCAAAACCUCUCGACGAGGCUUAAAGAUCGACAGGAGCGAAGAUGGCCAUGGCAAGUCAGAGCCGCUCAACCGACAUGAGCUCAUGAGAAGAGCGAUGGCUACCGCACAAGACUACCAUGAAGAUGAUCACGAGGACGGCGACGAUAGCGGUAGUGUCCUUGACGAUGACCAUGAUCAUCUGUCCACAUCACACCAUUCUCACACACAACAUCCCACCAAUUCGAACCCUGUCAUUGUCCGGCAAGCUCCACAGCAUGACACUCCCUCCAAUCGUCCAGGCGAUGGCAGCCUCUCGAUAGAUGCUUUCGGCACUGGUCAGUCCAAUGUCGUAAAUGCUAACGGUCCUGGUCCAACUACGCCACGCGUUCCUGCUCAAGCACGGGUGUCCUCUUUCUCUCACAAUACAGCUUCUCCAGCAACCAAGCAGCCUGGCGUCAACGCACCGAGCUCGCCUUCUUUGACUGCUUCGUCUACUAUGCCCACCUUGGUCACACCUGCACCCAUCCGUGCUGAACUGCCUCGAUCCGACUCGCUCGAAGAGAUCAUCAACCAGGACAACCUCUACGCCCCCAUGCAGCGCUCCGACUCUGCUCUCACACCCAAUGCUGACGCAAACAGGGGCGGACCACAACGUGCUAGCACCAUGAUGGAAGGCAGAAUCUCGCCCACUCACAAUCAGGCCAUGUCCAAGAGCGCAUCAAGUGGUGCUCUCCUCCGGCCCGGGGAUCUCCCAGCAACUACGGAUGGCAGUCCACGUAGACCAUCGGAUGCAGGCUCAUCCAGCGGCCUUGCUCCCGUGCCCUUCCUGCGACUUCGCAAGAACAGCGACAGCAGCACCAUCAGCAAAGCCAGCAAGGGUAAGAAGAACGCGCCUUCCAAUGGUAUCGCUGGUGCAUUGGCAGCAAGCGGAAUGGCUGGUAUGGGGGUCGGUCAUGCGGCCGUACUGCAGCAUGGUCAAGCCGCCCUAGCCGAUGCCGAGCCUCCAUCAACCAAGAAGAAGAAAGAGACUAAGAAGUUAGGCACGGAUCUAGGCGAGGAAGGCGCGGCCGGACAUGUAUCGGGUUUCCAAGGCGGCAUCUAUCGCGACCCCUCGACAGGCACCAUGAUCGAGAAAGACCAAGAUGGCAACCAAUUUCAACCGCAUCGACCAACACGCGAUCGCAGCACAAGUAGCUUUAUGUCUUACGACGGCUCUGUCACCAGCGAUCGAUCCUCGGUCAGUGGACUCGGUGCAGCUGCCGGCUUUGGUGCCGCAUCAGCUGCUCUCCUCUCUUCCAUCGGUGGUGUACCAGGCAUGCCCAUCACAUCGCCAUUGAUGACACCGGACGGAGCCCAUCCCAUUGGCGGUGGAGGUCUCGUUCCACCACAGGCCGGUGGAGCUGGCGGCCGAGGCGAUCAGAUCGACGGCGAGACGACAUGGCCCGAAGACAUGGGCCCACAGAUCACCGGCUUCGCUGUGGCAAGCUCGAAGCGCAACCACGAAUUCCACCAGCUUUUCCCGCAAGUACCUGAGGAUGACUACCUCAUCGAAGACUACGGCUGCGCUUUGGUCCGUGAGAUUCUCAUCCAAGGCCGACUCUACAUCUCGGAGAACCACCUCUGCUUCAAAGCCAACAUCUUUGGCUGGGUCACCAACGUCGUCAUGCCCUUCUCAGAGGUCAUCUCGAUCGAAAAGAGAAUGACUGCCUUUGUCAUUCCCAAUGCCAUCCAGAUCGCAACAUUGCAAUCCAAGCACAAUUUCACCUCGUUCCUCUCACGAGAUGCCACCUACGACCUCAUCGUCAAUAUUUGGAAGCUGUCGCAUCCCGGUGUGCCAAUCGCUGCUGCCGAUCAAGCUGAGCUCUCUGACGAGUACUCAGAGGUUGAGGAUGAUGCCGAUUCGUCCGCCCUUCCCGGCGGCGCAGGUGAGGGCAAGGGAGGUGAUUCCGAGCAACAACAGGGCAAGGAUGGCGGUGACUCCAAGCAAUCAAAGCGAGCCAGACUCAAGCGUAAGCUCAAGGGCACCAAGACUGGCGUUCGAGAUGAAAAUUUGGCCGCAGUCGCCGCUGCAGCCGCAAGGUCAGGCACACCUCUUAUCCCACAAAGUCGUUCGCCAGCACCCGGCGGCAAGCGGGCCGCACAUCGCAAAACCACCUGCCCAUGCGAAGAAAAGAAAGAACACUUCUCCUCGAAUGUACUCGACACGACUUACCCCGCCGUUCCCGAGAAGAUCUACAACCUCCUCUUCACCUCUGGCUUCAUGAAAGAGUUCUGGACCAACGAUCAAAAGCUCAUGGAUCUGCAAAUCUCCGAAUGGAACCCCAGCUCGGACAACCGCAACCUUCUCACGCGCAACAUCUCGUACAUCAAGCCUCUUGCCGGUGGAUUUGGACCUAAGCAGACCAAGUGUGUGUUGCAAGACGAGAACUUGCACGUUGAUUUCGACAACUAUGUCGUCACUCUGACAACAACGCGCACGCCGGAUGUGCCAAGUGGUGGCAGUUUCUGUGUCAAGACCAAGACAUGUAUCACCUGGGAAGGAACCGGUAAUGUGUCGAGAGUUUAUGUGACGUGUCAGGUGGAGUGGUCGGGACGCAGCAUGUUGAAGAGUAUCAUUGACAGAGCUUCGCUGGAUGGCCAAAAGCAGUACUACAAGGAGCUUGAUGAGGCGGUGAGGAAGUACUUGACAGACCACACGUCUGAAUUCAAGGAGGAAGGUGAUGAUGCCGCUGCUGUGGAGGAGAUCGCUCGUGCUGCUACGCCCGGGCCGAACAGUCGCAAAGGCGCUGCUGCUGCAGGAGAGCGUUCUGCCAGCGGUGCAAAUGAUGACGCUGCCGGCUCGAGCGGCGCUGGCAGUGGAGGUGCUGGCAGCGACGCCAGCGGCAGUGGCAGAAUCUUGGACACGGUCAUGGACGCAUUUGGAAUGGUCAGCGAUCUCAUUGGUGGCGCCCUCGAGAUGGUCGGCAUCGAAGGCGGAGUCAACCUCAAAACCCUCGUCUUUGGUGGCAUCAUCUUCAUUCUCCUGCUCUCCAACAUCUACACCUAUCGACGAGCCUCUGCGUCGCUCGCCUCUUCCGCUCGAAUGGUCCGUCAUCUGGACCGCAUGCAAACAGAUGGUGUCAAUCGUGGCUAUUUCAACGACGAGGGCUACUACGGUCCUCUUUCUCCCCGCCGCAGCAGUGGUUCAGGUGAUGCACCUCCGAGCUACGAACGCAUCUUUGCACCCAACGUCUACAUCACUCCGCCAGGCGGAAACGAUGCGACGCCGGAUAUGAUCGCAAAAACUGUAACGGAAGUGUUGGAGAGACUGUAUAAGCAGAAUGCAGAGCGGUUUAGGGAGGCUGCCGCUCCAGUGAAUGAUCCGGAGGCGGUGAAGAGGAUGUUUGCUGAAGCGGAAGCGCAUAUUGAUAAGCUGGAGAAGAGGUUGAAAGCUAUCAACCAGGAUGUAGCCGGAAAGAAAGGAGCCAAGGUUGAGCUCUAG